GUUGUCGCCGAGGAGGGGAGGCUGACGCACUUCCGGGACAGCCCCUUCUUCGUGAUGCAACUUCCCACCCCCUCCCUGGAGGCGUCUGCGCGAGACGCCGUUGCCAUGGCAGCGGUCGAGGCACCCGGCUAGGACUUAUGGGGGAUCCCCAGAGCCGAAGGCGCGCCGGGGUUAGUUCCGUGAGCCGACCAGACCACAAGGGCUAAGGCUGCGGCGCAGGAGACUGGGGAGACGUUCUACAUCACCCGGCGGACUUUCUCUGCACACACCCCACGGACCUGGCCCCCCUCUCCUUUACUCCAAAGAGAUUAAAGAGCUACUCGGGGCCAGCCCUGCACUGGAGACAGGAAACCAGGCACCCGGAUGAGCCUCUGACCUGAGCCCCAGAGCCCACAGGCUAGCCUGAGAGCCAGACAUCCAGCCUCACGGGCAGGCAUCUUCACAGAGGAGCCACAAGGAUGGCGCACUUGCUGGGCAGCCAGUCCUGCAUGGACAGUCUGCGCAAGGACCUUACCGACCUGCAGGGCGCCAUCGUGGACGUGUUCUCUCGCGCCGGGCCUGUGCGCUUCCCCUCCUGGAAGUUCCCUGACCGCGUGGCCUGCGACCUGGACAUGGUGGCCCUGCUAGAGCAUUAUGACCACGUGCCAGGUGACCCCGAGUUCACGCAGCUGUCCCAUGCUGUUCUGCUGGAGCUGGUCAUCGACAGGCUCCUGCUGCUGCUUCAGAGCUGCACAAGCUACCUGGAGAACCUUGGUUCGGAGCAGACAGUGCCCCCUACCCGGGCUGUGGGGCCCUGCAUGUCCGUGGGUCUCACAGUGCGGCGCUUCUGGAACAGCCUGCUGAGGCUGGGCGUGAUCUACCAGCAGGCAGCCCCCCAGGAAAGGGUAAACCAAGGGGAGAGCCUCACCUCCAAGCCCACAGCCAAGGGCGAGCCAGCCAGGAGCCCUGAAUUUGUGACUGCCAAGUUCCUGAAGCCACCCUCCCUGACGCCAGGCUUGCCCCAGACCUGCCAAGAGCUGGACAGCCUCCCCGUCAGAGUCUCCCCACAGUGUCCAGCCAGGACUGCCAAGAACAGUAGGAGCAUUCACUCCCAGACGGUGGAGACGGCCCUGGUGCCCUGCGACGCGUGCACCAGCGUCCAGGGCAGCCUGCGGGAGGUGGGCAAGGUGCUCAUCAGCCUGUGUCAGAGCCAGAACUUGCCCUCGUCCUUAUGCCAGUUCCAGCAGCUGGUGCAGGACAGCAUGGGCCUCAGGCCGCUGCCGGCCGCCACCAUGGGCCACUGGGCAGCAGAGCAGAGCAAAGACCUGACACGCCUCAGUAAGCACGUGGGGGCCCUCACUCAGCUUGUUGGGCCACUUAGGGCCCAGCUGGAGGAGGCGGAGGGGCAGAAGGAAGGACUGAAGCAGCAGGUGGGCCAGCUGGAGCAGGCACUGCAGCAGGAGCAGGGCAAGCAGCGGCGACAGGCGGACGAGGCCGCGCGGCAGCUGGCAGAGUGCGAGCGCCACAAGCAGCAGCUGCGCACAGAAACACGUGACCUGAAGACGAAGGUGGCCACCCUAGAGGGGGAGCUGAAGCAGCAACAGGAGUCCAUGCAGGCCGUGGAGACAAAGGCCCGGCAGCUUCAAGAGGAGGCCGAGCGCGGGGCGGAGGCCGAGAGGCAGGUGCGGCAGCUGGAGGGGCAGGUGCGGCUGCUGACAGGGCAGCUGGACGGGGCCAGUCAGCAGAUCCGCUGGGCCAGCACAGAGCUGGACAAGGAGAAGGCCCGCGUUGACAGCAUGGUCCGCCACCAGGAGCUUCCCUGCCCGCCCGCCCUGGCUCAGUCCCUGCAGUCCAAACAGCGAGCCCUGCUGCAGCAGCUGGACAGGCUGGACCAGGAGCAUGAGGAGCUGCGGGGCAGCCUGGACGAGGCUGAGGCCCAACGGGCCGAGGCGGAAGAGCAGCUGCAGAGUGUUCAGAGCGAGAGGAAGCAAGGGCAGAGCCAGCUCCUGGCCCAGCAGGAGCUGCUGCAGAGCCUGCAACGGGAGAAGCAAGGCCUGGAGCAGGCCACGACAGAUCUGCAGCUGACCGUAUCGGAGCUGGAACGCGAGCUCGUGGAGCUAAGGGAGCGGGAGCGGCUGCUGGUGGCCUUCCCGGACCUGCACAGACCCAUCGAGGCCCAGAUCCCAAGCUCCAGCAAUGUUACAGAUGACAUGGAGAGGCAGGUACAGGCCAACGACAUCCGCAUCCAGGUCCUGCAGGAGGAGAAUGGGCGGCUCCGAUCUAUGCUGUCCAAAAUCCGGGAGGCAGCCCAACAGGGGAGCCUCAAGCUGAUCCCGCAGGACCAGCUCUGGGCCCCUCCCAGCAAGGGAAUCCAGGGAUCAGUGCCCCUGGCCCAGGCCCAGAAGGCUUCCCCAGGGCCCCUGGGCAGGCGGCACCUGCCUAGCAGCAGGACAGCCAGCGCGGGCAGGACCCUACCAUGCCAGCUCCAGGCAUCCCCACCUCAGCAGUCCUGCAGUCAGCCGGGCAGGUCCUCCCUGGAAAACAUGACCCACUCAACCAACUGUGCUCAGAACCCCAUCCGGGCCUUGGCCAGGCUGAGGAGGAGACUGUCACCAGGCCAGGGCCAGGCCAGCCCUGCAUACCAGCCCCAGGAGCGGCCCAUGUAGCCUGCCGUGUGGUGGGGCUGGAGGGCAGGUGGUUGGCAACCCAUUCAAUGUAAUAAAGCCCCGGCCAUCUGCCCACAGUA